CAACAUAGCCACUACUGCGCAGAGCUUUUACACAGAGCUUUCUAGUGGAGCUUUUACGUGCUUCCUCCGACGCAACUUUGUAGUGAAUAAAAUAUAUUGUGUUGGUGUUAGUGAAGUUUGAAAGUGAUCACAGGAUGUGUUGUAAUUAUUUUAUGUUGAACAAAAUUUAUUUAAUUUUUAAAAACAAACGAUGACCUUUAAAUUUAGCAGAUUAUGAGAGGCCGAGCGAGGCGCGGCCUUAUUCAGGCGCUAUGUUGUGGAGUGUGGGCAUAUUCCUUCUUACACAGAUAGGCGUAUGUCAAUUCGCUACAGAUCCGACAACGACUGAAAGCAAUACGGUGUCUUCAUUCUACGUACUAAGUACAGGCGUGGUCCCAGCACCGGUUAUGCUAAAACUGGGCAACUCAACAAUAGAUAGUACGAAAUCCUUCAAAGUCCCCCAACCUACAUCUGACGUCACAGACUCAGGAAGAACAAUAACGAACCAACCAAACUUGAUACUUGAUAUGGUACCACAUGUAGUAUCAGCUAAGAACACAUACUUUGACCAUGAUAGAAAAUAUGGACCAAAUUUUGAAGACACACCGAAAGGGAAUGUAACUAAAAUUACUGUUCAACUCGGUGAAGACGCUUAUUUGAAUUGUAGAAUUAGUCUUUUACAGGAUAAAACGGUAUCUUGGGUACGUCGAAGAGGUAAAGAAGAAUUACCGGAACUGCUUACUGUGGGUGCAGUGACGUAUGCAGCGGAUAAUCGUGUCACGGUCGCUAAGCGAUAUCCUGGCAAUUGGAGGCUACUCAUCAAAGAGGUCAAACCUGAUGACGAGGGCAUAUAUGAAUGUCAAAUAUCAACACAUCCGCCUAGAGUCAGCAGAAUUUACUUGCAUGUUAAUACUCCACAAGUGUGGGUAGUGGACGAGGCCGGCGCGCCGCUGUCUGAGAAGUACUACGAAGCGGAGUCGACGUUAGCGCUAGUGUGUCGUGCGAGACAUGUCGACACACCAACUGUGCUGACCUGGAUACAUGAGGGCAGAGCUCUCAACGCCGACACUACGAGAGGCGGCAUCAGCGUGAAGACGGAACAGGUGUCCGGCGGUGCAGACAGCCUGCUGCGACUUGCACGUGUCAAUAGCAGUGACGCGGGCAACUACACGUGCGCAGUACGCGGCGCACGACCGCACACUGUCGCCGUACAUGUGCUCAAUGAAGAAAGUCUUGCUGAACUCCACGCUGGUGCUAAACGUAUCCAACUACCUUCAAAUAGUAUCACAACUUUAGUAUUACUUAUAACAUUUAAUGAUUCAUUAACAUUAUCAAAAACUUUGAUUUUGUUUAAUGACCAAGUGACUCCUAACAAAGGUUCAAAGUCCAGGAACUAA